UAUAAGUGGCUGUUUCUUGAGGCUCAUCCCCAGUCACACAUUGACUAACCGGUAGCUAGUCACCAUGACAUGUAGAGAGGUGGAGAAUCUUCAGUUCAGUUUGACGGUGGAAGAGCGAGACAUGUUCGUCCAGUCAUCUUCUUCGAGAAGGACCCGGCAGGAGAAAAAAGAUGAAGGAGAGGAGACGGGAGAGAAGAGAGGAGGCAAGGGGAAACGAAAGGGGAAAGGCAAGGGGAAAGGCAAGGCCCGCCUUCCCACCUCCAAAGACCCGGCUAGAAUGGAUAGACUUCUCCAAGAAGAGAACAGCCGCUUGAGAGCAGCCAUCAGGUCAAGCAUGGAAGAUGCCGGCAUGAGGAUGGGGAGGUCUUACAGAGCCCUGGUGGAGACCUCGGAGAGCGAGGAGGAAGCUUUCCUCGACCAGGCUGUUGCAGCGGCAAGAGGCAGUUCACCCUUCACCCUGGCUGCCGAAUGUGGUGGGGACAGCUUUGAGGCCGAAGACAGCUUCGAGACGGGAGAGGAUUCGGUGGACGAGCCAUUUACUUCCAAGAAGAUGGAAAAGAAGAAGAACAAGCCAAGGAAGAAAACACCGGCCCCUGCUGAUUCCUACAGCUCGCAGACGGGAGGGGACAGCUUUGAGACAGGAGGUGAUGAGGGAGAGUGUUCGGUGGACGUGCCACCUGCUGAUUCCUGCAGCUCGCAGACGGAAGGGGAAGAGGGAGAAGACUCCAUCGAGCCACCAACUUCUUCCAAGAAGAAACAGAAGAAGAAGAAGAAGAAGCAAACACCAGCCCCUGUUGACUCAGACGAUGACCCUGAUCCCCCCUCCGCCUACCAGAGGGACUAUGCGCCGGACGACCAGGGUUGGACCCGCCAUCUGGAGAAUAUCCAAGUCCACAGUUUUAAGGGGAGAAAACCAAGAGGCCCAACUUUCGGGAAGAAGUCAUUACCAGUUAAGUACUUCUUGAAGUUUUUUCCGCUACUUCUCUUGACAUCGAUCGUCAAGUGGACUAACACCAAGUUAAAAGCCCGGAGACUACCACUCACUUCCCUACCAGAGGUAAAGGCAUGGUUUGGGAUCCAUAUGCUAAUGGGUCUCGUCCGCAUCAACAACUAUAAGGAUUACUGGGCAUCCCAUCUCGGCCUUCGCAACACCCUCAUCUCCAACACAAUGAAACGGCACCGGUUUGACACCAUCAGUGAGCACUUGGCCUGUGCUGAUCCAUCCAAGGACCCAGAUCUGAUACGCGACAAGGCCCAUCGAUACUCAACAAAGAAGAAGCAUCCCCUCUACCCUCUGCAGUCCUUGUGGGAUAAGGUUCGUCACGCCUGUCUAAAGCUCUUCAACCCUGAUUAG